GGCUGCACCCGGACCAGGACAACUGACACAAUACCAGGUUUCAUGUGGCGCUCUGACAAGCUCACAGUGGACGCGACACAGCAGCGAUCGGGGUCUGAGGAGACAGGAAGUCCAUCUGGACUGACGGAAUAGAACUCUUCUCCUUGGACGUUCGAGAGUCUGUGAUCAUGGAUGAAGGUUUGAUGACGCCGCUGUGGUUCCAGACCGAGGCCCCCACCGAACCCCUGCCGAGCGGCGAUGAUGUGGACGGCAGAUACUUCGCUGUCAUUCUUGGAGCUGUCAUCGCCACUGUUGUCCUGGUUCUCCUGGUUCUGGUGGUUGUCCUGAUCCGGUACAUGUUCAGACACAAAGGUUCGUAUCAAACCAAUGAAGCCAAAGGCACCGAGUUCGCCGAGACGGCAGACGCCGCGCUGUGCCGUGACCCCGCCCUGCGCCACACCGUGGAUACCAGUACCAAGGAGUACUUCAUCUGAACAUGUGCGGAUGGAGCCAGAGGCCACAGGUCUGGAACUGGAGGAUGUAGAUCGGACCUGAAUUGGACCUGGACCUGGCCUUGACUUAUUGCGUUUUUGUGUCAGACUGCAGAUACAUCCAUAACUGACAUUGUUUUCAUGGAAACAACUCAUUUUAUUACUUUCUGUUGUUGGACAAAAGCCAUUUCCAUCAAUACAAACCUGGUUCUGGUUCUGGUUCUGGUUCAGAGUUGAGCCUGUGUCUUCAGGUGAAUGUGUUCAUGUCUCAAAAUCAGUCAGAGAAUGUUUACAUUCUCAAUAAAACUCUGAUUAGUGGAGUUAGCCGAUUAUUAUUGAUUAUAAAUUUUUCAUUGAAUGGAGAAUGGGAUCCCUCAGGGCACCGUCUUAGCCCCCAUCAUUUAUAUGUUUACAUUCAUGUAUUUUCAGAUGUAGGUCUACAGCUGUACACUGAUGACACUGACCCCAUCUAUAUCCACAGUAAUACUCUGAUGAGUAUCUGAUUAUUAUUGAUCAUGUAAACAGUCUAAUCUGAUCUGUUUUAUCAGAUAACA